AUGAAAUCCACAAAUAACGUCUUAGCAACUAAUGAAAAGUCAUACAACAAUGUAGACUUUGUUAAGAAUAAAAUUAAAACAUACAAUUUGAAUAAUGAAAACAAGAAGAAUAAAAAUUAUUUGCCGAUAGUUAAAUAUAAAAAUACUUCUGAAAAAACAAAAAAUGUAGACAAUUGUAUGACAACAAAAUCUUUGAAUAAUUUAAAAAAUAAAAAUGAUAUUAUAAGAACUGGAAAAUAUGCGAAUGAAAAAAUUAAAGUGAGUGAACAAAUUAAUGUUAAUGAAAAAAUUAAAGUGAAUGAAAAUUUAAAACAUUUAAAAAAUAGAAUACCUUUGUUAAAAACUAAUAUUCUCCGAACAAAUGAAACAAAUAAAUCAAUGAAUACAUUUAAAUACAAAUCAAAUAUUGAAAGAAAAGAAAACGGUGAAGAAGGGGAUAUAAUAAAAGAUUUAAAUAUAUAUAAUGAUGCAAAUAAAUGUAUGGAAAAAAAUAACUCACCAAAAAAUGAGAUUGAGAAAAAUAAAAUUGAAAAAUUAACUAAUAUUAAUAAUAUUACUAAUGAUAUAAAUAAUAAUAUCAUUUUAGAAGAAUUAUCAAAUAGAAAUAAAGAAAAAACUAUUUAUAUAAAUAAUGGCCCAAUGAAGAAAGACACGAAAUGUAUUUCACAAAUAAAAAGAACUUCAAUUAAUAUUAAUAACAAAGAUUAUACAUGUAAUAUUUCUAAACCCCUCAUAAGACGAAGUAUUACUUUUAUGAACACGGGCAAAAAUAUACACCUGAAUAAAAGCACAUCAUCAAUAAAUAAUAAUGAAAAUGUAUUAAACAACAAAAAAAUAAAUGACAGAAUGUAUAUUCAAAAUAAGGCAUAUAUCCCACAAAAUUCUCUCAUCAAAAAUAAAAUAGAGAGUAGUAAUAAAAUAAAUAAUAUUAAUACUAUGAAUACAAUGAGUAGUAUUAACAAUAAUAAUAAUAAUAAUAAUAAUAGAAAUUCCAUUAUGUUAGUGAAAGAUAUAAAUAAUAAUAACAUAAAAAGUUUGACAAAAGAUAAAUAUAAUAAAAUAAUAACACCUAUAUCUCCUGUAGGUAUAAACAAAAAACAAACCUACAAAGUUUCUAAUAUAAUAGAAAAUACAAUAUCUCCUAUACUUAUUCCAAAUUAUAAAAAAAUAAAAAUAUUAAAACCAACAAAAAUAAUCAAUCCUUUGUCUAAUGAUACAUUUCAUAAUAAUUUAAAAAAAAAACUAAUCAAUACUAUAAUGAAUCCUCCUGCCCCAAAAAAAAUAAUAAAAAAAGACAUAAAUGACAUAUAUAUAAACAAAAAAAAAAUAAAUAAUAUAGAUUUUAAAAAAAUAAAUGUUCCAAUAAAUAAAAGAAUUACUACUAUUAUAAAUAAGAACGAACAUGAUAACAUUAUUAUAUCUAAACAGUUAACUCAUAAAAAAAAUUUUAUCGAAAUAAAUAAACAGCCAUUAUUAAGGAGACACUCCACAGCUAUUUUAAAUCAUAACAUUUCUAAUUUAAAAACAAAAAUAAGUAAUGUCAAAGAUAAAAAUGAUAAAAUAUAUUUAAAUAAGGGAAAUAUAACAUAUAAAGAUAAUAAUACACAUAAUAAUCAUGAUAAAGAAAAAAUUAUAAAAUAUCUUCCUAUAAAUAACAUACAGAAUGAACAAGAAACAAAUAUAAUCCCUUCAAAUGUUUUAAUUAAUCAAAAUGUAUGGACUCCAAAAAUUAUGAUAAUAAAAAAGGAUAACAAUGAAAAAAAUGCAAAUGUGGAAAACGAAAUUGACAAUGAUAAUAAUAAAAAAAAUGACAAUAAUGAUAAUAAUAAAAAAAAUGACAAUAAUGAUAAUAAUAAAAAAAAUGACAAUAAUGAUGAUAAUAAUAAAAAAAAUGACAAUAAUGAUAAUAAUAAUAAUAAUAAUAAUCAAACUUGUGUAGAAAAAAGUAACAAAAUCAAUGCUCUCUUUAAUAUACCCAAAAGAUUAAGUAGUUUGAUUUAUCCUAAAAUCAAAAAAAACUUCAUAGCAAAGAUUAAUAGAAAUUUGAACCAGACUGAUAAAAAAAAUGAUGAUAAAAAUAUUGAUGAAAAAGUAAAUGAAUCACUUGAAAAGAAAAUAAAUGAACCAAUAAAUGAAAUAUUAGUUGAAACUAAAAAUCAAAUAUUGAAUGACCUACAAAAUAAUCAGGGGGAAUUAAAUUAUAGGACAAAUAAAUUAACCAAUGAUAACACACCCUCAGAAUAUCUUGAAAAUAUAAAUAAGGAAAAAUACAUCUUAAAAGAAGAUAUAGAAUGUCAUAAUAAAUAUAUUGCUCAUACAAAUAUUAUGGAAAAAAAGGAUAAUAAACUAAAUCAUGUAAGUGAUAAAAAUAUUACAUAUAAUGACAAAAUAAAAGAUACCAAUGAAACUAGCGUAAGUUUAAAAUUAAAGGAAAUAACAUCCAAUGAUUUAUUAUGUGAAUAUCGUGAAGAAGUUCUAAAAAAGUUUAAUAAUGAAUAUAUAAAUGAAGAAAAGAAUGAAAUUAUUAAUGAAAUAUAUCCUAAACGAUUAUCUUACGAUAAUAAUAAAACGUACUCUUCAAGUUGUUAUAAUAAUACCAAACAAAAAGAACCAGAAAUGAUACAUAAAAUGAAUAAAAAUAUUUGCAGUUAUGAAGAAAUUUCAACUUAUGAAAAAACAAAAUAUAUAUAUCCUAAUGAAACACAGGAAAGUAUAAAUUGUGAUAUAACAAAUAUAUCGAAAGAUAAUUAUCAACCUGAUCACAAUGAUAAAGGGUAUAAAACGAAUAAUUUAAAUAUUAAUCAGAAAGGUAAUCAUAAUGAGGAAAUAUUACAUAAGGAAAUAUCACAUGGGGAAAUAUCACAUAAGGAAAUAUCACAUAAUGAUGAAAUAUCACCUAUUGAUAAAAUAUACCACAAUGAUGAAAUAUCUUAUCAUGAUGGUGUUAAUAUGAACACAUGUGAACAAAAUAAUAAUAUCAAAUUGAGAGAAAAACAAAAAGAACAAAUUGAAAAAUAUGAUCAAACGAUUAAAUAUAUAAUUGAUAAAAAUGAUGAUGAAAUAAAAAACUUAUUUGUCAAUAAUAAUAAUGAUGGGGAAAUUAUUUUUGAUAAUAAAAAUAUACAAGAUAUAUCAGAGGAUUUUAUAAAAAAUGAAAAAAUUAAUAAAAUUUAUAUAUCUAAUAAUUGUAUUAACAUGUAUGAGGAAGAAGAAAAAAAUGGAGAAACUAUUACAAAAAUUCUGAAUGAAAAAUUAAAUAAUAUAAAAACAAAUCAAAUAAUUGAACAUAAAGAUAAAAACAAAAUAGAACAUAACACAAAAGGAGUUUUGCAAAAAAAAACACAUGAUACAUUACAAGGAAAACAUACCUUUUAUAAUAUAAAUAAUGAAAUAAAUAAAAAAAAUCCAUUGGAAGAUGAUCCAUUAAAUAAAAAAGGAGAUAUUACAUUUUUUUGUGAUCUUAAUAAGAAUUACAAUAAAGACACUAUUCACAAAUCAAAUGAAAAUACACACACUAAUAUAAAACAUCAAAUGAUUGAGGAUACAAGGGAAGUGAAAAAGGUCGAAGUAGACGAAACUUUAACUUAUCAUAAAAUAAUAGAUGACAAAAAUGAAAACUAUUAUGAACAAAACAUAACGGAUAAAAUAGAAAUAUACAAUAAACAAAAAGGAGAUGAUAAAAUUAAGAAAAAAAAAAAUGAGGAACAAAAAAUGUUGCAAAAUAUAGAAGAACAUAAGAAAGAACAGUUAACAAACAGAACAAAGGGUGCAGAAAAAAAAUACGCCUGUAUAAAUUUUAUAGAGUUAAAUAAAAAUAUAUGUAAAAUAUUAAAUUCGAAGAAUUACAAAGCAGAAUGGAACAAAAAUAAAAAAAAUAAAGGUGAAAUGAUAAAAGAAAAUGAAAAGAAUCAACCACAUUCAUAUCGACAUUUACAUAUACGUACACAUAAAAAUACACAUAAAUAUACACAUAAAUAUACACAUACACAUAAUAAACAUUCAUACCUACGUUCAUAUCCACAUCCACUUGAUAUAUAUUACAAAAUGUAUAUAAAAAAAAGAAGAAAAAGUAACAAACGUGAAGAUUAUUCAAGUAGGGAACAAAAUAAUAUUCUUUUAAGAAAUCAAAAGCAGAAAAAAACAAAAAAUAAUUGCAUUAUUCAUGAACCAUAUGAAAAUAAGAAUGAGAAACAUUUAUCUCUUAUUUUAAAAAAAAAUAUAAAUAUAAUAAAUAAUAAUAAUAUGAUAAAAAAAUUAUUGCAGAGAAAAAAGAUAUCAAAUAAUAAUAAACUGUAUAAUUAUUAUUCACAAUUUUUUCAAAGUUAUAAUCUCAGUAUAACUAGGUUUAUGAGAAAAAAUCAAAAAAAUUAUGAGCAAGAAAAAAAAAAGAAAAAAAAAAAUUUACAUGUAAUAUUAUUCCCUUUACAUAAAAACAACAAAACAAAUGAUCUUAAGUUAAAUAAUAUAAUAGAAUUAAACAAGGAACAAAAUAUUCAAACGAAAAAGGGGAACAUUCCUCAUUUUAAGAAUAUACAAAAUAAUAAUUUUGAUAAAAAAACAAGAAAACAAAAAAAAAAAAAAAAAAAAAUUACAUUUAUACAUGAUAAAUUAGAACGAAAAGGAUGUAUUAUCCAACCAGAAGAUAAAAUGAAUAAAGAUUUACAUAAUAAUAAUUCUGAUGAAAGUGAAGAAAAAGAAAAUAAUCAUAUGAAGAUGGGGAAAAAUACAGAUAUGAUAAAAGAAUAUUAUUCACUGAGUAACGAAGAAAUAUUACUUGAUAAUAUGUCAAAUAAGAAUAUUAAUAAAUUGAAAGAGAAAAAUGGAUAUAUUAUAGAAAUGGAAAAUCAGAUGAAAAAUAAAGAAGAAAAAAAAAUCAACAUUGUAAAUAAUGAAAAAUUCCAGAUGGAUGAUGAUAAUGAAAAAAAUAAUAGUAAUAAUAAUAAUAAUAAUAAUAAUAAUAUUGGAAAUGAUAUAAAGAUAGAUGUUGAAAAAUAUUUAGAAGAAAAUAAAAACCUUUUUUUUUAUGAACAUGAAUGGAUAAAUAUUAUAUUACAAAUAAUAAAUAAGGAUAAUUUUUAUUUGGCAGAAGAAUUAAUGAUUUUAAUAUUUCAAAAAGAAGAAAAAUUGUACAAAAAUUUUAUAGAAGAAAGAAAUAAAAAUAUAAAAGGAAAUAAUGGAUACAAAUAUAAUACAACAUGUGAUAAUAUAAAUAUGUGUACAUAUGAUAAUAUAAAUAUGUGUACAUAUAACAAUAAUAAUCAUAAUAGUAUUAAUAAUAUAGAAAAUAUAAACCAUCAAAAUGAUAAUAAUAACAUUUCAUCAAGUGAUAAUAAAACGGAGGAACCUAUAAAACUAUCCAAUUUUAUGCAACAAAUAUUUAAUUAUUGUCCUAUUGAAUGGCCCUUAUUAGAUAUUAGUAUCUUAAUAAUAGUAUGUCAAGUAGUUUGUUAUAUUUUUAAUUUGAAUAAAUAUCAUAUGUUUACCGAUUGUUGUAUAUUGUUUGAAAAAUAUUGUAUUGGUAUAUUAUUAAACUCUUCUCUUAUUAGUUCAAAUAAAAAUAGAAAUACUAUCCUUAUGUUUGAACAUGAUUUUUUUUAUAAAUUUAUUGUCUCACAUAAUUAUAAAAAACCAACCAUUGAUGUAAUAAAAUAUCACAAGAAUUAUUUAAAGAGUGAUAAUUUUAUAGAAGAAAAAACUAUACUAGAUGUCAUUUUUCUUGCUCUAGCAUAUUAUAUAACGGUUAGUCAUAAUCUAAAUGAAUAUAUACAAAGAAAUAAUAUCAUAUCAUAUAUAAAUUUAUUGAAUAAAAAUGUUCCCAAUGAUAUUAGAUCACAAGGAAUAGAAGAAAAUUUGACUACACCACAAAAAAAAAAAAGAAAACAUAUAAGUAAUAUUUUGAAUAUACAUAAAAAUAUAGGUACACAAAAAAAUUCAACAAUAAAUAAUAAAAGAAAAAGUCAUAAAAAUAACAGUAACAAUAAUAAUAAUAAUAGUAAUAAUUUUUAUCUUGAUAUGCAUAUAUUUACACAUAAUAAUAAUUUUUCUCCUUAUUCCAACCAAAAUAUUAAUAUAUAUAAAAAUGUUCCUGAUAAAAAAUAUAAAACAUAUAGACAUUCCUCAUAUGGUAGAUACGUGCACAAUUUGAAAAAAAAAAAUUAUAAUUAUUCCAUUAUGAAACAUAGAUACUCAGAAUUUUUGCCAAUAUCAAAAAAGCAAUCCUUUUUACAUUCAAAACUAAAAAGAACUAAGACCUAUGAAAAAAAUUUAAAAAAAAGACUCAGCAUAUUAAGGACGACAAAAUGUAUUAAAAAAAUAAAUAGUAAAGAUUAUCCAAAUAAAUAUAUUAUCAAAGAGAAUAAUGAAAUUCAGGAGGAAACAAAAUGGAUGGACGGCAAAAAUUAUUAUGAUAAAGAAAAUAACGAUAAUAUAUAUGAUAAUGAACAAAAGGAAAAUAUACAUUUGAAUGAUACAACUCCAUUAAUGAUUAGCCAAAAUAAUAUUACAAAUUUAGUGUUAUCAAAAAAUAGCAAAAUGGAUAUAAUUAUAAAAUAUCAAACAAAAACGAAUUUUGAGAAAUUAUUGUGUCUUAUAAUAAUAGAAAUUUUUAAUUUAAUUUAUGAUAAUAGACAAUAUUCAGUUGAAAAUAUUCUGAUAAUUAGAAAAUUCUUCCGGGUAUUUCUUAAUUUUGCUCAGAAGAAAUUUCUAUCUUUAUCGUUAAAGAGACAUUUGAACAGGAACAUGUGUGAUGUGAAAGAAAAAGGUAAUAUUUGUAGUAAUGAAGAUAACAUGAGUGUGCUUAAAAAUAAUAUUUACAGCAAUGCAGAUAACAUGAGUGUGCAUAAAAAUAAUAUCUGUAACCAUGAAGAUAACAUGAGUGUGCAUAAAAAUAAUAUUUGCAGCAAUGAAGAUAACAUGAGUGUGCAUAAAAAUAAUAUCUGCAACCAUGAUGAUAAUAUACGUAACAUAUAUAAUAUGAAUAAUUUAAAAUGUGGAGACACAAACAUAUCAUCGUAUGAGAGAAGAGAAAGCAAAGAAUUGAUACAGUCACCAAAUAAUAUCUAUGAAAAUUAUUACAAUAUAUGGAUAUGGGUUGAACGUAUAUUUUCAGAAAAUUUUUAUGAAAUAAACAGUAUGUUAUAUAAUUUGAAUAGUUGUAAUAAUAAUAGUAAUAAUUCAAGAAAUGAAGAUAUCAAUAUUAAUUAUGAAAAAAUAGAGUUAAUCAGUCAAAAUAUUAAACGUUUUUCAAAUGUACAAAAGAGAAAUUGUUUUGUCUUAAAAUAUUAUUGGAGCAUUUUUGGAAUUAAAGAAGGAUAUACUGAAAAUAAUAGAAGAAGGGAAAAUUAUAUGGAUAAUAAAAUUGAUUUUACAGAUAAUACAUAUAUUAAUGAUAUAUAUUCAUAUAUAAAUCAAUGGGAUGAUAAAAAAAAUUCAUCAGAUAUUAAUUCUUUAUUAUCAUAUUGUUAUUUUCCAAAAUAUUUUUCUCUUAAACAUGAAAAUAAUUUGAAAAAUAAAAUAUUUGUGAAAUUAGAAAAAAAAGAUUUUUUAUAUGAUACUCUUACAUUAUAUUAUUUAUCUUCCAUAGAAUGUAUAUGUAAAGUAUUUGUUGCCAUUGAAGAUAUUCCAUCAUUUUUACAUUUACAAGAUGAACCUAAUAUUGUAAAUAAAUUGUUCUUAAAAGAAAAUUAUAAUAUUAAUGAAUCACCUUAUUUAAAUAGAUCAUAUGAAAAUAAUAUAGAAAGCAUGAAUAGUUUGCUUUUAGUUAAUGAACAUAAUGAUGAGUUAAAUGAAGAAAAGGAUUGUACUUAUUGGAUAAAAAUAUUAAAAAAGAAACUGAAAAUAUAUGAUAUACAAUGGCAUGAAGAAUAUGAAAAGAAAUAUUUAAAUUUAGUUAUUUAUAUGAAAUUAAUGAAACAAAAAUUUAAAGAAAAUCAUAUUUUUAAUAAAAUUAUGAAAUAUAAUAUUUCAUCUAUAUGGUUAAAUAAAAGUCAAAUAUAUUUACAAUAUAUUCAAAUAACAAUUAAUUGUAAAUUUUAUUUGCAUUGUUCCUAUAAUACUAUUUAUUUGUUUAUCAAAAAAAAUUAUAUAUUUGUUAUACGAAUGAUACAACAUUAUGUCAAUGAAAAAAGAAUAGCUCUUCAUGUAAAUAAUAAAAAAAAUAAUAAUAAUAAAAAGGAUAAUAUUAAUAAUAAUAAUAAUAAUAAUAAUAAUAAUCAUUAUUAUCUUAACGAAUUACUUAUGUCAUCACAUAAUAACCAUAUUCAUAAUGAUAAUGCUGAUGUGCCUACACAAGUUGACGACAAUUUUAUAUUUAUGGCAUGGGAAAUUGCAAACUUCUAUUUCUCUAUCCUUUACUAUAAAUUAGACUUAAAAACCAUUUUGACUGAAUUGUUCAAAUGGAUAAAAUUAUUUGAAAAUUAUCCCAACAAACGUUUUUUUCGUAUAUUAAAGUUCAGAUGUAUAUCAUAUGUUAUACAUAUAUUAAUAUUUAUGAAUAAAUAUAAAUAUGCAGAAAGGAUAGUUAAAAGUGUCUUUCGCUUUAAUAUAAGGAAAAAGAGGAAACUUUAUCAAAAUGAUAUAAUACAAAAUAAAGAAAUAAUAAAAGGAAGUUAUGAAAAUGAUAAAAAUGGUAAAAAUUAUGAAAAUGGUAAAAAUUAUGAAAAUGGUAUAAAUGAUAAAAAUGAUGAAAAUAAUAAAAAUGAUAAAAAUGAUGAAAAUUCAUUUUAUAUAUACAAUAAAGAGAACAUUAAUAAUAGUUGUAAUGUAACAAGACAUAAAGAUAUAUCACAGGGAUGUAAAAUGAAAAAGGACCAAAACAUAAAUGGUUAUAAUAUCAAUAUGACCAAUCAAGAAAUUCAGCCCAUUCAAAAUGUAAUCUCCCCCAACAAAUAUGAAGAAAGUAUCAACAAUAAUAAUAAUAAUAAUGAUAUGAUGAAGUGCUAUACAAACAUACAAAAAUUUAACAGUAGACAUUAUUUUAAAAGGAGAAGAAACAAAAAUACAAACUGUCAUAUUAUGAACAAGUGUUAUUUAUACCAUAGGUGGAUUAACUUCUUGAUGAAAAAAUAUAACAAAAUCAUAAUUUAUUUAUUAAAUAAGAAAAAUAUCGUAAAACUUAUAUUAUUUAACAAUAGAAAUGUACAUGUUCUUAUGAGAAAAAAAAAAGAAAGAAUUCUUAUAAAGGAAGUUAGUUUCAAAAUGAAUUCUUUACAAAAACUUUUAUUAUUACUUUAUAAAUUAUCUAUAAAAUUAUAUAAAUCAUAUUAUUAUCAUGCAUCUAUCUUGCAUUAUCAUACAUCACAACAAAUAUUUGAAGUUUCCAAAUAUUUAAAUAUUAAAAUUAAAAAAAAUCAUAAAAAAAAAAUUAAAAAAAAAAAAAUUAUAAAUAAUAAUAAUAUAAAUAACAAUAUAUAUAAUCAUUGUAAUAUGGUUACACCACAAUUUAAUUAUAACUAUCAAAUGAACAAUACACAAUUUUUUCUAAUGGAUAAUUUAUUUUCUCAUUCUCUCAAUUCACCUAAUAAUAUAAUUAAUAAUAAUUAUUAUUCCAAUCAACCCCUUAAUAAAUCACAAGAUAAUGAUCCGAAUUUUUUCUCUCCAUUUAAAUUACAACAAUCUCCUAAAGUGUCUAUAAAUAAAACAGAUAAAUCUUAUAGAUCUCAUACCAAAAAUAAUGACGACAUGUUUUAUUUACAUGCUCUUAUCCUUAGUAUACAAAUUCAGUAUACUUUAUCCAUUUGUAUUAUUAUUUGCUCCGAUUUAUUUAAUUUUCCAAAUAAAAUAAAGAAACUCCAAAAGUUCAAAAUUAAAAAUAAACAACAUAUAUUAAAGGAUAAAUACAAUAAUAUGACUUUUAUGUCUUGCUUCUUUAAUCAUAAAAUUUUGUCAAAACAUUGCCGAAUAUUAAAUGGUCACAAAUUUGAUCAAUUUCUUAAAAGAAAAAAGAAAAGCAAAAAUAAAGAUAAACAUACAAAAAAAAAUUAUUUGAACAAAAAUAUAAAAAAUAAAGAACUCGAUUAUUAUAAUAGCAGUAUGAAUAAUACACCUAUAAAUUAUAAACAACAUGAUACAUUUCAAUUUACAAAUUUAUAUAAUAGGAAAUAUAAAAAAAGAAAAAUUAUGAAUAACAUUAAUUAUAUAUCAUCACAAAAAAAAAUCAAAGAAUAUAAUUAUAACAAUAUAUUAUUACAUAUUAAGGAUAAUAAAUUAAAAAAAAUUUAUAAUAAAUUCUUACAUAAAAAUAAACAAAGAGAUUAUAAUUCCGACAGUAUUCUUAUGUACCAUUAUUCUUCUGAUGAAUGUGAUAAACAUAUUUUAAGUGAUUCAUAUAAAGAUAAAUACAAAACAUAUACAAAAUUACUCUCUAAAAAAAAAAAAAAGAAAAAAAAAAAAAAAAAUAUAUUACAAGUUAAAAAGAAUAAGAAGAAAAAUAAUUAUCAUAUUAUAAUAAAAAUAUCUACGUGGUUGAGUAAAAAUUCUGCUUCCCAAUUGAUAUGGAUAGCUCAAAAGCUAUUUAAGAUGUAUGUCCCGGAAUUGUUGUGCGUAGUCUUGGCUCUUCAAACAAAUAUGUUUAUGAAUAAAAAUAUAUUACCAAAUAUUAAAAGAAUCGACAAGAUACUAAGCUUAUGUUCCGAUAAUCCUCAACUGGUUUAUUUCUCUUUGGAAUCCUUAAACGGUUAUAGGAACAAACAGAACUUGAGAAAAUACAAACAUUAUUUUGAAUUAUAUAAAAAGUAUAAGAAAAUAUUUUUGGAUAAGAAGAAAGACAUUAAUAAUUCGAUGGAAAUGCUGCAUGAAUUAUGUCAAUAUUUUUUUGUUUCAAAAAAAAAAAGAAAAAAAAAAAAAAAAGAAAAAAAAUAG